GAGGAAGGAAAGCUCGCGAGAGAACAAGGUUCAGGCGGCUGCGCGAAGUGAGUGGAGGGGGGUGGAGAGAGUGAGGAGGAAGAGGAGGAGGUCCCGUCCCACAAUACCAGGCGGGAGGGCGGGUAGGCGGUUUGUAUCCGGGCUGUGAGGUGCUCCGAGCCUCGGCGGACCUUGCUGCCUCUGUCUCUUUAACGUGAGAGGAAGCGAUGCAGAGGGGUGGAAAAUGGCAGAGCUGCAGAUGUUACUAGAGGAGGAAAUUCCAUCUGGCAAGAGGGCGCUGAUAGAGAGUUACCAAAACCUGACCCGGGUGGCGGACUACUGUGAAAACAACUACAUACAGGCUACAGACAAGAGAAAAGCUUUAGAAGAAACCAAAGCAUAUACAACUCAAUCUCUAGCUAGUGUUGCUUAUCAAAUAAAUGCAUUGGCCAACAAUGUUCUCCAAUUAUUGGAUAUCCAGGCCUCUCAGCUUCGGAGAAUGGAGUCUUCCAUCAAUCAUAUCUCACAGACUGUGGAUAUUCAUAAAGAGAAAGUGGCUCGAAGAGAGAUCGGUAUUUUGACCACAAAUAAGAAUACAUCAAGAACUCACAAAAUAAUAGCACCUGCAAAUAUGGAGCGCCCUGUAAGAUAUAUUCGAAAACCUAUUGACUACACAGUUCUCGAUGAUGUUGGCCAUGGUGUGAAGUGGCUAAAAGCCAAGCAUGGAAAUAACCAGCCUGCAAGAACUGGCACACUGUCUAGAACAAAUCCUCCUACUCAGAAACCACCAAGUCCUCCCAUGUCAGGCCGGGGAACAUUGGGACGAAAUACUCCUUAUAAAACCCUGGAACCUGUUAAACCCCCAACAGUUCCUAAUGAUUAUAUGACCAGUCCUGCAAGACUUGGAAGUCAGCAUAGUCCAGGCAGGACAGCUUCUUUAAAUCAGAGACCAAGGACACACAGUGGAAGUAGUGGAGGAAGUGGAAGUCGAGAAAAUAGUGGAAGCAGUAGUAUUGGCAUUCCCAUUGCUGUGCCUACACCUUCACCACCCACUAUUGGACCAGCAGCCCCGGGCUCAGCUCCUGGUUCCCAGUAUGGCACAAUGACCAGGCAGAUUUCUCGACACAACUCUACUACUUCUUCGACAUCUUCUGGUGGAUACAGACGGACUCCCUCUGUGACUGCUCAAUUUUCUGCUCAGCCUCAUGUUAAUGGAGGUCCACUUUAUUCUCAAAAUUCAAUUGCUGAUAGCCCAACUCCACCGCCACCACCUCCACCAGAUGACAUUCCCAUGUUUGAUGACUCUCCACCCCCGCCCCCACCGCCUCCAGUGGACUAUGAAGAUGAAGAAGCUGCAGUAGUUCAGUAUAAUGAUCCAUAUGCAGAUGGGGAUCCUGCCUGGGCCCCCAAGAAUUAUAUUGAGAAAGUUGUUGCAAUAUAUGAUUAUACAAAAGACAAGGAUGAUGAGCUGUCAUUUAUGGAGGGUGCAAUCAUUUAUGUUAUAAAGAAGAAUGAUGAUGGCUGGUAUGAAGGAGUCUGCAAUCGAGUGACUGGUCUCUUCCCUGGGAACUAUGUUGAAUCAAUCAUGCACUAUGCUGAUUAAUUAUUUCUUUUUUCCUUUUUUUUUUUCUUUUAAAGUAGGUUCUUAUUAUUCAGUCAUACUGUGGGACUCUUAUGGUUAACAGAAUUGUCUUAAUAUGUUUUAAAAUGUGCCCAUAUUUUCAGGACAUGCUGUUUUAUUGGUAUAUUUGAAUGUCUACCUGUAAGCAUAAAUCUUUGAGGCAGUUUUUGUAUUGCUAAACAGCAGUUUAUACAAGAGGCUGUCUAUAAUUGAUUAUGCUUAUGUACUUACUUACAUAUUGUUAAUUUUAUGACCAGCAUAAAUAUUCUGGGGAAUCGGGGUAUAUUUAACAAAUCAUGAUUCAGAUUGUAUCAUUACAUGUUUCAGUGCAGCAUGGUUACUAAUAAUAAUAUGUCAAACUAAUAUUAAAAUCAGAAAACUUAAAUGCUGGUGCUGGUCAUACUUUUUGUUUAGAUUCUCAUUUUUAAAAAGUUUAAAGCAUGCAUAAAAUUUAUGUAUUGAAAUGUACUUAAAAAUUCCAGGAUGCUUCCAAUUUGUGUAAUACUUACCUAGUACACUUAUUCUAGGUGGGUCUCUAAGGUCUAUAUGUGAAACAAAACAAAAGGGGUUAUCUGUAAUGUUGUAAUUUGUACCUAAGUUUUUUAAUGAGUGAAUUUGCAUUAUAAAUUUUUUCCAUUCAUAAAUACAUAAGUGAACCAAAGGUUUUUGUCCUUUCCUUCACUGGUUUGCUUUAAAAAAAAUACAAAACCAAUUUAUUGCAGAAUUAUGGUUCUAUUUUCUCAACAUAUUAACUUGGAAAAAAAAUUUUUAGCCUUAUCUCAGUCUGUCCCAAUGGUAAUGUGACGGAUGUUUGCAGAUUUAAAAUCUGAGAUGAUUAUUUACAAGUCAAUCUACUGAAUUACUUUUUUAAAAGUAACUUUUGAAUCUAAGAAAAUGUGUCAAAGUGUGCACAUCCUUCUAUAGGUAAAAGUCUUAAAGAUUGCCACAUUAGUCCUUCAGUUUUACAGUGGACUAUUCUAGUACACUGGUUCAAUGAAAGGAAAUUAUAAGUAUCUUUUACAUAUUGUAAAAGUGUAUGCGAUUAAUUUGUGAAUAGGCACUAUUUAAUCCAUUACCUAGCACUAGAAGCAUAAGAUUUUAAAAUAAUUGGGAAAGAAGAUGGGUCAUGUAUUAAUCAGUGAACAGAGAUAUACUUAACCAACAGAUUUGUAUUGAAAUGCAACACAUGCACUUUGUGUGUCUCCUCUUAAUUUAAAGGAAGGUUUCUUAUCUUGUGUAUAAUUCUGUAUUGCUUAGAAUAUUAAAGUAGAGCACUCAGUGUGGGUUUCUGUGUAUUGAGGAUUUAUUUGAAUUUCAAAUUACAGUUAUGUACUGGGCGUUACAGACUUAACAGCAUAGUGAAUGGUGAGACUAGUGCAAAACAUUUUAUUUCUGAAAAUUAAAGACCAUUAUUACUACCAAUUCAAUGUGACUCUUUCAUAUGCAUUUUGCCUUUGUUAAUUUCAAACAAAGUAUCAUCAGUGACCAACUAGCUACCUUCUACUUUUCUUUUUUCAAGUGGAAUGUUCUCUUAAUUUGUAUAAUACCUGUUGUUUAAAUUUUAUGUACAGUCUUUUAUAAUAAACCAUUCUCCUAUAUGAAA